CAUAAACGUUAACUGUUAAGCUCUUUAUAAAUCAUCGCAAUUUGCGUCAAUCCGUCCGUCGUAACGGGCAACGAACCCGCGCGUCAAAAGAAGAAGAAAGCAAACAAAACCAAAACCGUUUUGUCGUUCGUAACACAAUGAGCGGUCUGAAUUUGCAACGGAUAACGGACUUGGAUAUUGCGUGUCAAACUAUGGCGUUCGAUUUCCUCGGCAAAAUAUUAGCGCGGAGGCUGGACGACGGCACCGUCUUAAGAGGCCGAAUAGUCGAGACGGAAUGUUACCCGGGCGGCGAAGAUAAGGCUUCGCAUUCGCACAACGGCAGGCGCACGCCUUCCAACGAACCCAUGUACAUGGCCGCUGGUACCAGUUACGUGUACAUGACUUAUGGGAUGUACCAUUGCUUCAAUAUAUCGAGCAAGGAACCGGGAGCGGCCGUGCUAUUGCGCGCUUUGGAGCCUGUAGAAGGCCUCGACGUAAUGCAGAGGCUUCGCAAAGAUAGAAAGAAAAAACUCGACGAUAGGCAGCUGAAAGUGGACGAAUUGUGCAACGGACCAUCCAAGCUUUGCAUUUCGCUAAACAUAACAAAAAUUGAAUGUAACAAACUAGAUUUGACCCAAAGCGAUACUCUGUGGUUAGAGCAUGAUCCGGAGUUCAGUGCCCGCAAUAUUCAAGUUGUUAAAACGUCCCGGAUCGGAAUCGCUUCCGCAGGAGAGGAGUGGUCGAAGAAGCCGUUAAGAUUUUAUAUUUUGGGCAACCCGAGUGUUAGCAAACGUGACAAAAACUUGGAAACCAAACUCAACUCGGUUGAUUUUUCGGACUAAUCCGGUUUCGUUGUUUUGUUUAUUAAACCUGUGAUAUUGUUUUAGUUGAUUUUGUAUUAAUAAAUUUUCGAAAUAAGCUCGUUGUCAUUAAUUAAUCGCACCAAUAAGCAGUCAAGCAACAUCAUGGGCGAGUGUCCUUCGGUUAAUAUUUCAACGGAGCAAAUAGCAAAGAAGAACUCUUCUUUAAGUAUUAUUCACUUACCAA